AUGCGAAUGCGGUACUCAUUGUCAUGGCAGCGUAUGCUCUUUACUGCUUCUCUUACUGUUGGAUUCCUCAUCAUUGCACUUCAUUCAGUUCCGCGUAUCGUUCAUCUUCACAAUCACACGAAUGAGAUAAUCAAAUCGGAUCUCGUUUCUCAUCAUCGCAAACUUCUUAGUAAAUCAGGAACAGUGCAACCAAAUCGAAUAUGGGUUGACAAGUGUUCAAAAUCGGAUAUAGUAAUAUCACAGGGUCCUACUCCACCACUACCUAAUGGGAUUCCUACUUACACGGUGGAGAUAAUGAAUGUUUGUGCAACUGGGUGUGACAUUUCUGGCAUACAUUUGAGUUGCAGAUGGUUCAGUUCAGCUAGAUUGAUAAACCCUAGAAUUUUCAAGAGGAUUAGGUAUGAUGAUUGUCUUGUUAAUGAUGGUAAGCCACUUGAAAAUGGUCGUACUAUUUCGUUUCAGUAUGCGAAUACGUUUAGGUAUCCUCUAUCAGUUUCAUCAGUAAAAUGCUGA